CGGUCGCCUGGUAACAGGUCGCGGCGGUCCUGGCUGGGGCACCGCAGGCGGCGUAGGCCGCGUAAGUCUGUGGGCCGAAGCCCACGUCAGGCUCUUUCUGUCUGUCCUGCGAUGGCUGCCGCUGCGGCAGUGGUCACGCCAUCGGGUUUGGAGGAUGGGAUGUCUCGGUCCCGCGGCGAUGGGGCCGGAGAGGUGGUUGUGGAGCGGGGGCCCGGCGCGGCCUACCACAUGUUCGUGGUGAUGGAGGACUUGAUGGAGAAGCUGAAGCUGCUCCGCUACGAGGAGGAACUCCUCCGGAAGAACAACCUGAAACCCCCCUCCAGACACUAUUUUGCACUGCCCACUAAUCCUGGUGAACAGUUCUACAUGUUUUGCACUCUUGCUGCUUGGUUGAUUAACAAAGCAGGACGUCCCUUUGAGCAACCUCAAGAAUAUGAUGACCCUAAUGCAACAAUAUCUAACAUAUUAUCUGAGCUUCGGUCAUUUGGGAGAACUGCAGAUUUUCCUCCUUCAAAAUUAAAGUCAGGUUAUGGAGAACAUGUAUGCUAUGUUCUUGAUUGUUUAGCUGAAGAAGCAUUAAAAUACAUAGGUUUCACUUGGAAAAGGCCAACAUACCCAGUGGAAGAAUUAGAAGAAGAAACUGUUCCAGAAGAUGAUGCAGAAUUAACAUUAAAUAAAGUGGAUGAAGAAUUUGUGGAAGAGGAGACAGAUAAUGAAGAAAACUUUAUUGAUCUCAACGUUUUAAAGGCCCAGACCUAUCGCUUGGACAUGAACGAGUCUGCCAAACAAGAAGAUAUUUUGGAAUCCACAACAGAUGCUGCAGAAUGGAGUCUGGAAGUGGAACGUGUACUACCACAACUGAAAGUCACGAUUAGGACUGACAAUAAGGAUUGGAGAAUCCAUGUUGACCAAAUGCACCAGCACAAAAGUGGAAUUGAGUCUGCUCUAAAAGAGACCAAGGGAUUUUUGGACAAACUCCAUAAUGAAAUUGGCAGGACUCUGGAAAAGAUUGGCAGCCGAGAAAAGUACAUUAACAAUCAGCUUGAGAACUUGGUUCGAGAAUAUCGUGCAGCUCAAGCCCAGCUGAGUGAGGCAAGGGAGCGAUACCAGCAGGGAAAUGGAGGAGUAACUGAAAGGACCAGACUCCUGUCUGAGGUUACAGAAGAAUUAGAUAAGGUAAAACAAGAAAUGGAAGAAAAGGGCAGCAGCAUGACUGAUGGUGCUCCUUUGGUGAAGAUUAAACAGAGUUUAACAAAACUGAAGCAAGAAACCAUUCAGAUGGAUAUUAGGAUCGGUGUUGUAGAGCACACGUUACUCCAAUCAAAACUGAAGGAGAAGUCCAACAUGACUAGGGACAUGCAUGCAACAAUUAUUCCAGAAUCAGCAAUAGGUUCUUAUUAAAAUGUACUGUUUUUCAUGCUUCUGAUUAGUCGUUUUUUAAUGUCAAAUUGUAUUUUAUGUUACAUAGAUUUCAGAACACAAUUAUACCUCUUAAAGCAUGUUCAAGGGGUAUUUUUUGCAUAUAUACACACAUAUUGUAUCAUGGUGAUUAUGAUGGUUUAUGCCUUUACACUGAAUAUAAUGUUUAAUAAAGUACUUAAAAAUUCUCACUUUCAAA